ACUAAGGCCUUGCCUCUUCGCUUCUCCUUGAAAGAAAAACCUUUAAUUCCUCAAGGGAAUGGAGAGAGAAGAAAGAUGAGGGUGGGGGAGGGAAUUACAUGACAAAGAAAAACAUUAUCUGGCUGCAAAGAGAACAGCAAAGAGGGCAUCGCGGAGAAAAACAAACAUUCACUGGCCAUGCCAGUGCUCACCACCGAUGCUGAGUCAGAAACAGGUAUCCCAAAAUCCCUUUCUAAUGAGCUUCUUUCAGAAACCAUGGAGGAGAUAGAACACACUUGCCCUCAGCCUCGGUUGACUCUGAUUGCACCUGCUCCAUUUGCAGAUGAAAUAAGCUGUCAGUGCCAAGCCCCACAUGAGAAACUAACCAUCACUCAGGCCCGCCUGGGAACGCCAGUUGACAGACCAGUUAGAGUGUAUGCAGAUGGGAUAUUUGACCUCUUCCACUCCGGCCAUGCUAGAGCUCUUAUGCAAGCCAAAACUCUUUUCCCAAAUAGCUACUUAUUAGUAGGAGUUUGCAGUGAUGAUCUAACCCACAAGUUCAAAGGCUUCACUGUAAUGAACGAAACUGAGCGGUAUGAGGCACUCAGACACUGUCGCUACGUAGAUGAGGUCAUCAGAGAUGCUCCAUGGACGCUCACGCCGGAGUUCCUAGAAAAACAUAAGAUUGAUUUUGUAGCCCAUGACGACAUUCCAUACUCCUCCGCUGGCUCAGAUGACGUGUACAAGCACAUAAAGGAAGCAGGAAUGUUUGUGCCAACACAGAGAACUGAAGGUAUUUCAACAUCAGACAUCAUUACUAGAAUUGUACGAGACUAUGAUGUUUAUGCUCGACGCAACCUCCAAAGAGGAUAUACUGCCAAAGAGCUGAAUGUUAGUUUUAUAAAUGAAAAGAAAUAUCGCUUUCAGAACCAGGUAGACAAAAUGAAAGAAAAAGUGAAAAAUGUAGAGGAAAAAUCAAAAGAAUUUGUAAAUAAGGUGGAAGAGAAGAGCCAUGACCUCAUUCAGAAAUGGGAAGAGAAGUCCAGAGAGUUCAUUGGCAACUUUUUAGAGCUGUUUGGACCCGACGGAGCUUGGAAACAGAUGUUUCAGGAGCGAAGUGGCCGAAUGCUCCAGGCCUCAUCGCCAAGGCAGAGCCCAACCAGCAGCCCAACGCGUGGCCGCUCUCCAUCCCGCUCUCCAUCGCCACCCUCCCCUUGGUUGUUCAAUAAAGCAUCACCCCCUUCCUCUCCGAAAGCGGCCUCGGCCUCCAUCAGCAGCAUGAGUGAAGGAGAUGAGGAUGAGAAGUAAAGAAAAAUAAACAAUUUGAAAAAAAAAAGGACGAACACUCAUAUAACAUGCAGGUGGCUGGGAGGAGAGGAACUACAAACAGCUGUUUCUGACAGAGGCAAGUGCGCUAUAGGAAAAAGCAUUGCAAGGAGAGUGGUGCAUUGCAAGGGACGAGUUCUCAGGAACAGCUCACCCCUGCCCCAUUUCCUCUUGGGGCUCAGACACCCGGACAACUAACUGACACACGACCUUGGAGUAAGUACCUGUCACUAGUCACUACUUGCUGCAGCUGCUAGGGCCACCCAAGAAACUUGGGGAAUUUGUACUGUAGGGGAACAUUCAGCCCCUGAGCUAGACUGAGUGAGCAUGUGCACAACAGCAGCACUGUGUGAAGAGACAAUUUAACCACUUCUGGACUCUGCAUGCACCUAGGGUGACCCAACAAUAUAUGAGUCUAUACCCCUCCCCCCAACCUUUGGGGGAAAAAAUGUCCUGAUUUUUCACAUUUGCUCUCUGGUCACCCUACUAAACUUGAGCCCUGCCAGCAUGAUGAGGUCUCUCGGCACAGCAGCAAAAAGCUUCUCCAGUACAGGAAAUGUGUUUUUUUCUUUCAAAAUAAAAAAAGCCACCAAAAAACUAAACCAGGCCAGUGCAACGGGGAUCUGCCCAGUCGGCACUGCAGAUGCAUUGAACAGAUUGAGUUGAAUGAAUGUUUGCUGACCAGGCCUUUGUCAAGGCAUGUGCGAAGAUUAAUAUAGUGUGAAUCCCAUUUGCUUUAGCAAAUCUCACUCCUUGUUCCUAGUGCCUCAGAAGCCACCUGUUGUGACCUGGUUUUCUUUGUGACAUUGCUUUGAGGCUGCAGCGUAGGACAGCGAAUGUCCUUGCUGGGAUUUCUUGUCUGGGAAAAAAAUAUUUUAAAAGAAUUGGGCUAUUUUAGUGAUCAUCUUAAGAAUAAACUGGAGCCAAAGCCCCUCAGCCACAUUUCUCCAGGGACUACCACACCUUUGGAGAUGUCAGUUACCAACCGACUGUCUGUGCAACAACAUUUCUGCCCAUCCCAUGUAUCAAUCAGAUCAACCUUAAAACUUUUGGCAUCUCUCUAAACAAGACAAAAGCAUGUAUGCAUUGUAUGUUCUACAGAUAGGUAUACAGUACAUGCAUGCACACAUAUGGAUAUGCAUUCCCAGUCUGGGAUCCAGGUUACCUGCCUCCUGACAAUUGCCCUUAAUACAUCCAAACAUUGGCAGCCCAACUGGAAAAUAAUGAAACUUUAUACAUAGAAUUGAAUGCUGGUGUUUUCCCUCCUUCCCUCAGAGCAUCCUCAUAUCCCUAAUGGAGCCACAAAGACAUCAGCUAAGAAAUUUUCUCCUUUUUACAUAAUCAUGUUGACAUCACCAGCCUCUCAGCUCAGCAUGAGAUGAGACUUCCCUCAUACGCCAUCUAUGCCAGAUGAGCAACGACUGGAAGUGGGGUGGCUGUUGGAUUGUGUGACAUGCAGCUCUGUGGCUGGCUGAACUACCUCUUAUCAGACUCCCACGUUCCUCCCAACCUGGAAAAUGAGAUUAGAAACUGACCAGACAGCACUACAGAGAAAUGAUCUGCUCCAUCCACCUCUACAGCAGGGGACCCCAAACUGUGCAUCAUGCCCCCUUGGGGGGCACGGAGGAACAU